GCCAACUAGAAACCAAUUUCUUCGUAUAAAAUCCAAGGAGUAUAGAAUCCUUUAUUUUUCGUAGUUUAAGAGAAUUGAAUACUCAUUUUCAUUCGUUUUACUUGGAAGCUGAAACCUUGGAUUAUAUUCACAUCGACUGUGUUGGUUUUUUUCUUUCGGCAUUGUUCAAUUUUCUAUAUGGUAUUCGUAUAAACGAUUUUCUGAUUACUUUUAUACAAUACCAUAAAAGUACACGAUUGGGUAGCAAUAAAAAGAAAGAUAACAUCAGAAGUAUAAACAAAGGAUUGCUUUCUUGCAGGACCAUCUUGGGUCUCUUUCUCUUAUUAGAACCUGCCUUUUGCAAAUAUUGCUCCACCUGCUAUUGUUGAAUCUUUCUUGUGCCUUGUUUAUUUAAACUGUCAUCACAUAAGGUUCCCUUCUUUUCCUGUCUUUGCCCACAAUGUCUAGCGAGCUUUAUCCAGAGCGCUCUCAUCUGUUGAGAAACAAUGAUGAUUCAAAUAAUGUGGACUUAGAAAAUCCAUACAAGGAUCCUAUUCCCCUCAGAUCCAUAUGGUAUUUAAUUGCUUUAACAGUGUCUCUUUUGGGAGUCCAGCUAACCUGGUCUGUUGAACUUGGUUAUGGGUCUCCAUAUCUAUUUUCUCUCGGUCUUCGCAAAGAAUAUACAUCCAUUAUUUGGAUUGCUGGUCCAUUGACGGGGAUCAUUAUUCAACCAAUAUCUGGGAUACUUUCGGAUCGCUUUCAGUCGAAACUUGGAAGAAGAAGACCUUUUAUGCUAGGAGCUAGCUUAUUGGGUACUUUUAGUUUAUUCUUGAUGGGGUGGGCCCCAGAUUUGAGUGAGCUACUAUUCAAGGGUACAACUGCAAACCGUGUAACCAUUGUGUUAGCAACCUUGAGUAUUUACCUUUUAGACAUUGCUGUGAAUAUUGUCAUGGCAAGUGCUCGUUCCCUAAUUGUCGAUUCUGUUCGUUCAGAUCAACAACAUGAUGCAAACUCUUGGGCAGGAAGAAUGAUUGGUAUUGGCAAUGUUUGCGGAUACUUGUUGGGAUUUCUUCCGUUAUACCGGAUAUUUGCUUUCUUAAAUAUUACCCAGCUUCAAGCAUUUUGCACAAUGGCCUCAAUUUUUCUUGUAAUGACAGUUGGCAUUACGUCUUUAAUUGUUAAAGAAAGAUCAUUUCCUGUUUCUGGAAGUGAUCAGUCAGUUUUGUCCGAGAUUCUGGAAUUUUUUGGAACAAUGAGACAAACCAUAUCAAGCCUUCCUGACUCUUUGCGAAAAAUAUGCUACGUACAGUUUUUUGCUUACUUUGGAUGGUUUCCAUUUUUAUUCUAUAUAACAACUUAUGUUGGUACUCUGUUUCUGAGACACGCACCUAAAGGCCAUGAGGAGGACUGGGACAUGGCAACACGUCAAGGAUCAUUUGCAUUGCUCUUGUUUGCAAUUGUUUCUUUGGCUUCAAAUACAGCCUUACCUCUUCUUCUUGAACAUGAGGGUGAUGAUGAUGAUGAUGAUGAUGAUGACGAUGACGAGACUGCAACUGAAGAAAGCUCAAGGGCCUAUGAAAGGCAUUUACGACCUGCUGAAUAUAUACCACGAUCUUCAGCUGAACCUAGUGAAAGGUCUUCUCUAAGAUCCGAGCCUACAGAAGCUCCUUCUCCUGCUCCUUCUGCAUCUACAUCCCGUUUGCAGAGAAUGAUGCCUUCAAAUCAUUCUAUUAUUAGCACAUUUUCAACAAAAGUACAAAUUAAAGGUCUUACUUUACCGAAUUUAUGGCUUUUUUCUCAUGUGUUAUUUGGCAUCUGUAUGCUAAGUACUUUUUUUCUGGGAACAUCUUGGGAGGCACAAGUGAUGGUAGCAAUUUGUGGGUUAUCUUGGGCUUGUACUCUUUGGAUUCCAUAUUCACUUUUUUCUUCCGAAGUUGCUAAGCUGGGUUUACGUGAGAGCAGCGGAAAAAUGAUUGGUGUGCAUAAUGUGUUUAUUUCAGCUCCUCAAGUUUUGAGUACCAUUAUCGCUACGAUAGUAUUUAUUCAUUCAGAAGGAAGCCAUCGUGACAUAAACGAUAACAGUGUCGCUUGGGUGUUGAGAAUUGGAGGGUUGGCAGCGUUUGUAGCUGCCUUUCUGUGUCGUAAACUGUUGUCGUUUGACUUUUAAAACAAAAUAAAAAAAAGAUUAUUCGAAUUUUGUUUCUAAUAAUAAUUUGCUUGGCCUCUCUACUCGUGCUGUUUGCAAAAUAGUUGAAUAGAAAUGGGGUACGUGUUUGUUUACAUCCAAGAUAUGAUAACACUAAGCGAUUGACGCUAUAAAUUGUUCUUUCUUAUGUUCGUUGGAACAAGUUUUUGAACGAAAUCAUCUAAAUUUAUUUAUACUUUUUACUUAAUUAUGACACUUGGCUACAGACAUAAAAAGGUACAUCAUUUAUAUAAGGUAUAUAAAAUGAUAUUGUUACUUUGGAGUACAAAAGAUAUGAAAGGCCAUAAUCGCUAAAAGCAUUAUAGGAAAGCGGCUAUUACCCAAAAAAAAAAGAAAUGGAAAAAGAAUUAACAUAUCUUAAAGGUCGAUAAGCGCCUUUAGAAAGAUAAUUUUUAUUUUAUUAAUGGUCGCAUUCAUCUACAUUGAAUAUCAAAACAAAAAUUAAGCUAAUUCGUUAACAUUGUAAAUAUAUUAUAUAAACAAAAAAAAAGAAUUAACCAGUCUUAACCUUAGCGGUUUUCCAAAUACAAAGCAUAAAGAUGGUUGCCAACACAUGUAAUGCGAGUAAAGUUAUCAGGAAUCCAAGAGAAGUAACCGUACGGAUUGCACCACCGAAAACAGGGCCGGUGGUGUCUGCAAUAGCUAUGCUUAUUUGAAUCACAACGCUUGCUAGCAAAUGAUGAGCUGGAUGAAGCUGCUUUGUAAGAAGAGAUACGAGAGGUGAAAAAGCAAUGGAAGUUCCAAAAAAGACAAAACAAAAUAAAGUGAAAUAAAGCUGUAGAUACUCUUUUUGAAGUCUGUUGACUAUGAGAUGAACAGCGACUGUCAUAACCGAAAUUAAAAUACCUAUCAAUGUAAUUGUUCGAUCUUCGAUCCACCGAGAAAGAAAAGAGAAUAAAAGGAGAAACGGGAUAUCAAUUAGGCAUGCAAGUGCAAGGAAAUUUCCCGAUUGAAAAGGAGAAUACUUGUAUAGGUAGGCAGUAUAGAUUGGGAUGGAAGCCUGAUAUGCCUCCAUUGUAAAGAAGCAAGAGAAAGCAAUAUAACCAGCAACAAAAAUCCUUAAAAGAGAGAUAAAAUCUGGACGGGGAUGCGUUGUUCGGGCUUCAGAAUUGGAAUCGUCGUUUUGGUUUCUGGCAGGGAUAGGAGGAAUGGUACUAUCAACAUCAUUAUAAAAUAAAGAAGAAAUGACAAAUAAAACAAACCAAAAGAUAGCGAGCAACCAAUUUCCGGAAGUAUAUUGAUUCCAUACGGCAUUGUGAGAAUUUGAAGAAGUUUUAGCCAUCAGACCGCCAAGAAAAGGACCAAUUGCAAUCCCAGCAGUUAGCAUUAUUGUGUUGAGAGUACUCAUAAAAGUUCUGUACUUGGCACCUACGAGGAUUCUGUCGGACAUGAACUUUUUAUGGUACAGAUACAUGACACAUGCAACCCCUAGAAUGAUUCGACUGACUAGUAUGAGGGCAAUGCUUUUGGCUUUAAAAGCAAGCGAAUAAAGGAUAUGGCCAACGAGCGCAGUGACACAUGAGCAGACGUAGGGACGUUUAUAAAAAGUAAAGCCAUUAGCAGAUUUAGGAUUCGACACCAGUAACAUAGGGUAUAAAGAGAAGAGCGCCGUAAUCAUAGGAAGACCAAUAAUGAGACCAGAAAGAACUUCGCUUCCUCCAAGGACUUUGACAUAGCUAUUCGAGGUUGGAAUGACAAUAGAAAAUGAAAUCGAGAGUACCAAAUUAUUCAAUAGGAUGAGGGCAGCACUCAUGAAUGGGGGUUUUCUAUCAAUAGAAUCAGUGUCAUCUAAUGUAUCAUCUUUUUCUUGAAUGGAUUCAUGGACUUGAUACUUUGCCGAUUUGUCUGGGACGUCUGUAUCUUUGCCAAUUUGGCUCAAGAUUUCUUCUUCCAAUCUUAAUUCCA